AUGAGUAUAGGAUUUAUCACGUGUGAGAUCAUGAUCCAUACGACUUUGACGCUAAAUUCCUCUACGUUAUAUACGUAUGAAAACUUUCAAUUAGUCCAUCAGUUGAAUAAUUUGAACUGUUCUGAGAUAGUAAGUCAGGAAUUGGGGUUAAUCAAUGCUUCGAAAACACUUGUUGGGUCUAUUCCCAUUGCUGCUGGUUAUACAGUAAACUCCAAUUUGGCAUUGUACUUCAUGAAGAAGGUUUUAAUGAAUAGUGAUGGUAGUAAUGACUUAAUUACAAUAAUAAGUAUAGCGCAUGUGAACGUGAAUAAGACAUUGAUAUUAUCGGUGUUGAAAAAAAUUAUGGAUAAGUAUAUCGAGUUCAAGCGGGACAUCGAGAUUUCGGAUAAUAAUUCGACUCAUCAGAUCAAGACAAAACUAGGGGAGUUCAAACUCUACAUGAAUCAGAUUAUAAAGUAUGAAGAAAUGAAUUAUGAUUCUAACCAACAUGUGUAUAAUUACGGAGCCAUUAACAAUAGAGGCAGUGAUGACGAGUCAGACGGUAUAACUGGUGAAGAUGUAAUUAGUCCCAACCAAUUGCUUUUGGCCAACGAAGAAGCGGAUGAAGUCAGGCAGUUGAUGUUGGAUAAUAUAAAUAAAGUUAUGAAUAGGGGUGAUAAGAUAAAUUUGUUAGUCGACCAAACUGAUAGAUUAACUAGUUCGUCGCUGAUGUUCCAGAAACGGGCACAAUUAAUCAAAAGAAAAAUAUGGUUGAGUAAAUCUAAGUUUAUGAUUAUGAUAUUAGGUGGUGUAUCAUUCAUGAUAUACCUUCUAAUCGGGUCUCAUUGUGGUUUUCCUGGCUUCAGUCAAUGCUUGCAUCCUUAA